AUGAAAUCUUUGAUUCCUUAAACUAAAAAACCAGGAAAAUCACUUCCUAAAUCCAAAGAUAAUCAAACUAAUUUAUCAGGUAAUUCUAAAAAAGAAAUCACUAAUGAAUCUAAUGGUUUUGAUAUAUCUAAAUAAUAAAAAUCCUCACCAAAUCCUAUUGAAUAAAAAAGAAAACAAAAUUGUCUCUUUGAAAUUGUAGAGCUUGCUAACACUUUAAAAGAUGAUGAUAAAGUAAAUGGACUUGUCUUUAAAUAAAUUAUUAUAUCUAUUGAAGCUAAAUUGACUGAAUUCUAAGAAAGAUUAGAAAAUAGGGAUAAUCUUUAAGAAUUAAAUACACACCUUCAAAAAUUAUAAAAUCUUCAAUCAAGUCCAUAUAGUCCUAAUGGUAAUCAAUGUAAUCAAAAAAAGGAUGAUUCACGUAAUGAUACUAGUGGAUUACUUCGCAAUUAAAGUUAAAUGUCUUUACCUUAAGUUGAUAAUGCUAGUGUAUUAAGUGCCUAAGAAAAAAUUAAAAGUCCUUAGGGUAGACGUUCAACAUCAAAAUAACCUACAAGUAUUUUGUAGAUUUUUCAAAUUAGUUAAUCUUGGUGUUACUUCUCAAUAAGUUAUAUAAGAAAAUAACAAAAUUGCAGCUUUAGAAAAAAGAUUGAGAUCUAAUGAAGACAAUUAUGUGAAGUUAUCCAAAGAAUUUUAAGAAUAAUCAAAUGCUAACAAUUAAAAGUUUGAAAAAACAAUCAAGGCUUUAAAUGAAAAAUAUUUAGCUUAUAGUACUAUGAAUUUACAAUAACAAUUCAAUGAAAUUACAGAAAGUUAGAAGGCCCUGAUUUCACAUCUACAUCAACAAUCUAAAGAAAUCAGGUAACUGCAUCCAAAUAUAUAGUGAAUUUAAUAAUGGUUUAAACUAAUUGAAACAAUCAUAAGAUGCUUAAAUUAUAGAAGUACUUAAUAAAAUUGAACAUGCUUUACAAUAGAAUAAUGAAAACUUUGUUAGAAUUCAAUCAUUAUCAUCAUCACUUUAAGCUAUCGAUGCUGAUUUUAUUGUAAUUCUAAAAUGCUAUAAGGAUAUAUUGAAUGAAAUCUUUAAAAUUGAUUUAUUAGAAUAAUAAUAAAAGAAAAUUGUAUGUUUACUAUAAGAUGAAUAAUGA